CACAAGCAUUCAUGGUGAAAAUGGCAGAGCUUAAUAAAAUAACCUUUGAUGCAAAGGAGGAUGUGGGCUCUGAUGAAGAGACGGAUGUGAUUUCAGAUCGUCCCGCAGAGGACCUGGCCUCCCCUGAGCUGACCGUACUACAAGUGAAGGUCGUGGACAUAGAUGGAAACCUUAAACUGGUUUACCCAUCAAAAACUGACCUGAUGUCCGACGUCAGCAAUCUAACUGUCAUCCGAUAACAAAAAUCAGCUGUUGCUUUUUUUUCUAAAUUUGUAAUUCAUUUACCCCACUUUCCAUACAGUUUUCUCUCUCAUCAAAUUAAA